AUGAAAAAAAUAGGCGAUUUUUUGGCGAUUCUACGGUUACCUCUUUUCUUCUCCACGAUCUUCAUUUCUGUGGCGGUUAAAGACAUCGUGCAGCAGUUCCAUGGCGGUUUUGUCACCGCAAUCUCCAUCUCCGUAGUGGCAAACGUGGACCAUUACGAUGUCUCGCGGUUAUUCAUUUCAUGGGAUCUAUGUGUGUAUAAAUUCACACAUCAAGAUCUCAUUUUUCUUCACCAAUUGCCACACACUCUAUCAAUUUCCCUUUUCCGGCUAUACUAUCGCAAAUCACUUUGUCCUUUCCUUCCAAUGGCGAACAAUCUGCGCCGCGCUAUUCAAGAUCUGAAUCUUAGAAUCAACGAUGCUCCCGUUGCCUUACCGACGGAAGUGGUGUCUGAAGCCGCUCGUGUGAAUCAGUUCUCUCUGAUUGGUCGGGCAUUGAUCCCGCGCCGCCAAAAUCUGAGGGCAAUUGUAGGCACUUUGCCUCGCAAUUGGGGCCUUACAGAUCUGAUUUCCGGGCGUGUGAUCGAACGACGACGGUUUCAAUUCGUGUUCCCCACUGAAGAGUUAAUGCAAUCCGUGCUUAACCGUGGUCCCUGGGCCUUCAACGACCGCAUUUUGGUCCUCAAACGGUGGAAGCCAGAGAUGGAUGACUCCGACUUCAAUUCCAUACCGUUCUGGGUCCAAAUCCGAGGUAUCCCGAGUCAGUUUCUCUCUCGUAAUGUGAUAUUCCACAUUGGUGAUUCCAUCGGCCAUGUCGGUACCAUCGACUUCAACCCGGAGAUAGCAGCGGCAGCGGAGUUCAUCAGAGCGAAGAUUCUUCUGAACGUAAACCAUCCCUUGCGUUUCCAGAAGAAUUUUCAAUUCAUUCCGGGGGUCAACACGGUUAUAAGGUUCCGGUAUGAACGUCUCCGUGGAUUCUGUGCGGCGUGUGGAAUGCUCACACAUGACACCGGCGAGUGUGAGCCUCAGGAGGGUGAUGAUGCGCCGCCUCAUGACAAUGACGAUGAUGGUGGUAGUGAUGACAACCAGAUGGACGAGGAGCAUAUUCAUAUCCCCGAUCCGAUGAUUCAACAACUAUAG